UUGCUUCCGUCGGAAGUGCCUUUUAAAGCAAGUGACAGCAACGCCGCAGAGCACACGCGCUCGAUCGACGACGAGAAGGUCAACACGCGAGAUGAUCUGGACUGUCUUCCUACUGGUCCAAGCGGUGCUGCUCUUCUUGCUCCUGACGCAGAGAUCCAGGUCCGCGAGUGACCCGCCUCUGGACAAAGGCGCGAUCCCGUGGCUGGGCCACGCCAUUGAAUUCGGGGCAGAUGCAGCCAAGUUCUUGAAUCGCAUGAAGCAGAAGCACGGCGACAUCUUUACAGUGCGUGUGUUGGGGCGUUACGUGACCGUGCUGCUGGACCCUCACUCCUACGACUGCGUGAUCAACGACGGCAACUCGCUCGACUUCCAGCGCUACGCGGCCGUGCUCAUGGAGAGGAUCUUCAAGCUGCGCCUGCCGCACCAUCAGCCCGCUCACGCAAAAGUGCUGAUGAAACAGCACUUCCAGGGAAUGAAUUUGGCCGCCCUCAACGGCACCAUGAGCAGACACUUGGAGGCCUUGCUGAAAGCCCAGAUGCCUCCAAACCAGAAAAACUGGAAACAGACGGAACUCUUCCACUUCUCGUACAGCCUCCUCUUCAAGGCGGGUUACCUGACGCUCUUCGGAGGGGAACAAAAUAACAACAGUGCUGAUCCUUCGAGCGUUUAUGAUGAAUACCGCAAGUUUGACAACCUCCUAACCAAGCUGGCAAGGAACACGUUGAGGCCAGAUGAGAAAAAGACAGCCCAGAGUGCGCGUCACAGGUUGUGGGAGCUUUUGGCCCCUGCAGGUCAGUCAGAGGACUUGGGGUCAAACGCGUGGAUUCACGCCUACAGGCGACUUCUGCAGCGGGAGGGAGCGGACGAGGAGACGCAGAGGCGGGCGGUACUCCUGCAAGUUUGGGCCACUCAGGGUAACGUCGGCCCUGCCGCUUUUUGGCUUUUGGGUUUCUUGUUGACAAAUCCUGAAGCGCUGACCGCCGUGAGGAGCGAGUUCAAGCACAUUUCCCGGACAGAAACAUCAGGCGCUUCCCUCCUCCACUCUCGCGGGAACACUCCGGUCUUCGACAGUGCCUUGGAGGAAACACUCCGACUCACUGCUGCCCCCUUCAUCACCAGAGAAGUAGUGCAGGAGAAGACCAUUCAAAUGGCGAAUGGUCAAGAGUACCAUCUGCGAAAAGGAGACAGGGUGUGCUUGUUCCCCUUCACCAGCCCCCAAAUGGACCCCGAGAUUUACCACCAGCCGCAGAAGUUCCAGUUUGACCGCUUCCUGAAUAAAGAUGGAUCGGCUAAAAGGGAUUUUUACAAAGGAGGCAAAAGGCUGAAAUAUUACACCAUGCCGUGGGGCGCGGGGACCAAUGGCUGCGUGGGAAAGCAGUUUGCCAUCAAUACCAUCAGACAGUUCACGUACUUGGUGUUGGAUAUGGAUUUGGAAUUGUGUGACAUCAAUGCUCAGAUGCCGGAGAUAGACACCAGCCGUUAUGGAUUUGGGAUGUUGCAACCAAAGGGAAAGUUGUUGGUGCGCAUGAAAGUCAGGAACAUGCACAAAGGCUUCACGGUCUAAAUGCAUAUUUAUUUGUACGUCAUGAUAUGUACAGUAUGUUUUAAAAAAAGCUGUUUUUUAACCGAUUCUAUUUUAUAUAUUUA